CGAGGUACCCAGGGAUCUUCACUCCCUUUAUAUUUAUUCUCCCCUAAAUCUGCUGCUGUCUGCUAUAUAUUUUCCUUCCCUCGACGGCAAGUGAGGGAGCUCUCCAUGAGAAGCUGUCGCCGCUCUGUUUGCUUCCUGCUUCUCAUGGACAGCCAAAAACCCCACGUGUUGGCCGUGCGUGGCGACCCAUUAGACGGGUGGUGUACUGUUGGUCCCCGGUGCAUCAAUUCGGCUGGUAUUCUAACCAUUUGGUUAGUCUGCUAGGGAUCAAGCGAAAGGGUCAUUCUCUGGGGCUUGGCGUUAAGGGUGGUCAACGUUCCUGGAGGUGACUCUGAGCGUAUAGGCCUCGGCUAGCACCAAGGUAAGUGCUGAGGCUGGGAGUUCCAGAGCCAGUAACUGCCUUCCCUUGUUGGGCUCCAUGGUGGGCAGUGCCGUCGGGGUCCGAAUUACACUUGUUUCUUUGCAUGGGAUCUUUUACAAAUUUUUCUGGUGUGGAAGUUAUGGAAUUGGAGAGUUAUAAUAUUGAUUGUUUAAGCAAAUUUGUAAGAUAUUUAAUUUUGACUACAACGGAUAAAUCUAGAAAUUUGUUUUCGUUUUCUCCUUUCGCUAUAUAUAAAGCUAUUACUGGUAUUGGAGGAGAACCAAAAUCUGUUAAAAAGCUAAAAUCUGGAGAUUUCCUUAUAGAAACUUUGUCAUCAUCUCAAACAAAAUCAUUUCUCAACGCAAAAACGCUGCUUGAUAUUCCCAUCUCUGUUACUCCUCAUAAAAGUUUGAACUCUGUUCGUGGAGUAAUAUCUGAACCUGACUUGUUGAAUACAUCCGAUUCUGAUAUCCUUGAGGGUUUCUCUGAUCAAGGCGUAAUUCAUGUUCGCCGCAUUACUAUAAGAAAAGGUACAGAGUUUCAGCCUACUAUUCACAUAAUUUUGACGUUCAAUAAAACUGAGCUACCGAAAUCAAUUAAGGCUGGAUACUUGCAUUGUCGUGUCCGCCCUUUCAUGCCUAAUCCAAUUCGAUGCUACAAGUGCCAACGGUUUGGGCAUUUGAGGACUGCCUGUCGAGGAAAUAUCGUGUGUGCUAGAUGUGCAUCAGUUGGACAUUCUAUUACUGAUUGUCAACUAGAGCCUAAGUGUGCGAAUUGUGCACAGCCUCAUGAAUCCAGCUCAAAAUACUGUCCGACUUGGAAACACGAAAAAGAAAUUCAGAAACUGAAAGCACAGAAGAACAUAUCCUACGCGGAAGCACGUAAAUUGUGUCUGCCAACAGCUGUUCCAUCCUUUGCAAAAAUAGUUCAACAAAAGAAACCUAUUGACACUGUAGAAAAAUUUACACAGACAGAUUCAGAUGUUACUUAUGUAUCACUUAAAAAAUCUGUUUCAACACUAACUGAUGAUAAAAUAUGCAACGUAACACGACCUCCGAAGAAGAAAAAAGCCCAACAGGAUACAAGUAUUCAUUCUAAUGGAAAUUCAGCAAAUUCUAACAACGUAGAUUUUCAUACACAUCUUAGAGCCACAAAUAAAACUAACGUACAAGAAACAAUGCAAUCGACAGUUUCUUAUAACUCAGUGUCAGAAUCAAUGUUGACAGAUAAUUUGCUUCCUGAUGUUCAAGAUGCAGCAGAAUCUGAGGAUUAUAUUGAUUAUGAUCCAGAAGAAUCUAUAGACGAAGAUUUUAUAGAUGAUCACCAUCGACGGCAGCCGUCUACCAGUCGAACAGUUGCUAAUUCAAAAUUUUAUCCUGCUCUUAAAUCGAAGUUUAUGAAAAAGCGAAGAAGGAAAAAAAGCUGA